AUGGCUUUAGUAACUCCAGGCACUUCAGAAAAAAAAUUUUCCGAUUUGAAAGUUUCUUGGAGAAAACUCAUUUAUAUUCUAGAACAUCUAGAAUAUAGGACGACGUAUGCCUGCGAUGGAGGAGAACUCAGAAUAUCCUGCGACGAAGGUGUUAUACGUCUUAUUCGUGCCAAUUAUGGACGUUUUAGCAUAAGUAUAUGCAACGAUGUAGGUAAUUUAGACUGGAGUGUCAACUGCAUGUCCUACAGAUCAUUCCUUAUCAUGCAGGAUAGAUGUAGUCAAAAACCUAGAUGUAGUAUUACUGUUUCUACAAAAAAUUUUGGUGAUCCAUGCCCAGGUACAUUGAAAUAUUUAGAAGUCCAAUAUCAUUGCGUUACAGCUUUUCCUCCUACUACAAGUAAACCUCAACGACCUACAACUCCUUUACCAACAUCUCCAACUUAUAAUUUGACUUCUCCAAUCCCAGAAACUACUCCUAUUACAACCACAACAAUAAUAGCCACAAAGACUAUGACUUCAAGCAAUACACCAUCAACUUCAAGUGAAUUGUCUACAGAAUCUUUUGUAAUAAAUAUUUCAAAUAAUAUAACAUCCACAGGAUUUACAACAUCUACUUCUACAUCGAUGUCUACGAAAAUUUCAACAAAUAUUAUAGAUAAGAAAAUUGUAAUGCCAACUACAACGCCUUUAUUAACAACAGAAAUCGAUCUAAUACCAUCUAUAUCACGAGAUGAUGUUUGCCAACCAAUUUUUGCAUCAGAUCUUUUUUGGAAUUGGACAAAGAAAGGAGAAGAAGCAGUUCAAAAAUGUCCAGAAGGAGCAACUGGAUUUGCUAGAUGGAAAUGUGGUGUGAAUCCUGUUAAAUGGGUAAAUGAAAGUCCAGAUUUGAGUGAAUGCAAAUCAUUAUGGAUUGACAAUCUUAGAGAAAGAAUGCAUGCAGGAAAUUCUGUAAUUAGUGUAGCAUCAGAAUUAACACAGAUGACAAUGAGCAAAUCAUUAUUUAGUGAAGAUUUAAAAGAAGUAACUGAUAUGAUACAGCAAACAUUAAAUAAAGCUGUUACAAGUAUGGAAAACUUUUUAGAUAUGUGGCAUAAAUAUCACGUUUUAAGAGAACUAUUACAGUCUAUAGUUCAUAUAGUAAGCAACUUAUUAGGCAAAGAACAAAGUGAUGCUUGGAAAAAAUUGACUGUUGCUGAAAGAAGAAGAAUAAUGUCGGCACUUUUAGAAGGUUUGGAAGAAAGUGCUCUGUUGCUUGCAGAUACAGCUAAACAAGAAGGAUCCUUUAGCCUUUCAAAACCUAAUGUUUUGCUUUCUGUAAGAGUACUUGAUAUUAGGCUAUUGAACACAAUAAAAUUUCCUGUCAUAGAAGAACUGCAAAAUAGUAAUCCUGAAGGAACCCAAUGGAUUAGAAUGGAGGAUUCUCUUAUUUUACCAGCUCAGGCUCUUUUAGAUUCAUCUAGACAUGGUUUAUCAAAAGUGAUGUUUACUGCUUAUAAUCGAGUGGAUGAAUUACUUAAACCUGAACCAGGAUAUUAUCCAAAAUUAUUUCAAUCACUUCCUACUCAAAAUAACAUGUCUCUGCAUAAUACAACACACAUUGUUAAUUCUAGAAUAAUUGCUGCUUCUAUUGGAAAACGUGGAAUGAUAAGAUUAUCACAGCCAGUUAAAGUAACAUUAAGACAUCUUAAGGAAGAAAAUGUCAGCAAUCCAUCUUGUGUCUUCUGGGAUUUUCAUGCUAGAGAAUGGUCAAGUAAAGGCUGUUGGGUAGAAAAGUCUAAUAAAACUAUGACAAUUUGUGCAUGUGAUCAUUUGACAAAUUUUGCAGUUAUUAUGGAUGUUCGACCUGCAGAAGUAAGUUUCUUACAUAAUACUAUUUCACCAGUAAUAUUUUUAUCAGAAGCAAACUGA